CCCCCACUAGGCGCUUACCAAGUCCCACCAGGCGCUCCACCAGCCCCCACUAGGCGCUUACCAAGUCCACACCAGGCGCUCCACCAGCCCCCACUAGGCGCUUACCAAGUCCCACCAGGCGCUCCACCAGCCCCCACCAGGCGCUUACCAAGUCCCCACCAGGCGCUCCACCAGCCCCCACCAGGCGCUUACCAGCCCCCCCCAGGCACUCCACCAUCCCCCACCAGGCGCUCCCCCAUCACCCACGAGGCGCUCCCCCACUGCCAAGGCGCUCCACCAGCCCCCACUAGGCGCUUACCAAGUCCCCACCAGGCGCUCCACCAGCCCCCACCAGGCGCUUACCAAGCCCCAACAGGCGCUCCACCAGCCCCC